ACCGAAAAACAGAGUCAGCGAAGAGCGUGUGCUUCAGUGCAACACCAACAUUCAACGAGAGCGGUUCGCCGACGCUGUGCGGAAAGAUUACAGAUCGAACGAGAGAGACCGAGCGAGAGCGACGACGCCCCGCAACGAGAACAACAAAAGAGCCGAGUGCGCGUGCGAGAGAGAUAGCUGACAAGUUGUCCAGUGAGAGGCCUGCGGGAGCGAGACAGACAAUCCGUGUGCGAGCGACGAAAAAGAAAACAAAGAUACUCGCCCAGAGCAGUUGGCUACCUGUCUUUGGCCCGGUAUAUAAGUGUGUGUAUGCGAGAGAGAGUAAAUAGCGGGCAACGCAGCAGUACAUAAACGAAAGGCAGCGUGGUCGUUAGUCGAACAAAAACUCUCAAAGCGAACGGACGUGUGCGGUCGGUUGUUUCGAUACUCCUGCUUUAUCGCUAUCCAAACAGAGUGAAGCGACCACUAUAAAUAACGAAACAAUAAACAUGUGUUUAUAUUACAACCAGAGCUCAAAGCUUCAGUUACAAAAUAAUAAUAAUAAUAAAAAAGCAAUCUGAAGCCAAUUUCCUUUGUGUGACAAAUGCCGUAGCAGCAACAACAACAAGCACAACUACAACUACGUCUGCUGGCUUAUGUACGUCGCGCGCGUUUGUGUGUGUGUGUGUGUGGGCAGAAAACAUAGAGCAAAGCAUAAUACACAAUAAAGGUGCCCGCGAAAGCAGAGCAGCCGAAAGUGCCAGCGCGUGUUGGUGUGGUUUGAAUGUGCAGGCGAAGUGAAGAAGUAGAAAGAAAAUAAAAUAAAAUAAAAGUGAAGUGGAGCAUAGUGAAGAAGGGGAAGCAGAAACGCUGACUCAAAACUCAAGUGUGGAUUAUUUACUUGGAUUAUUCCUCUUGCCAUUGGAUUAUUUAUGUAUACAAGGCGACCACCGCGAUGCCAAUUAACUGGCUGGAUUAUUAGUGGAUUAAAGAUUGGAUACAAAGAUUGACGCUUGUGCGAAAAACAAAAGCGAAUUUUUAGCGGCGAGAGUGUAUUAUUACUAUGAUGACGCCAGAAUCGAAAGCAAUACAGCCGGCAGCAGCAACAACAAAGCAAACAGCAGAAGCAACACCAGAAGCAACAGCAACAACAACAAUGGCUCACACACAACAAAAGUCGCAGUUGUCAACGUUGGCGAAAACAACAACGACAACGGCAACGAGUAAGGCGGCCAAAAGCGUUGUCAGCAAUGCAAAUAGCAGUGGCAACAAUUCGAGCAAAAAGCUGGCUUUGUCUCAGUCUCAGAAAACAACAGCAACAACACCAACGACGACGACAACAACAACAGCAGCAGCAGCAGCAGCAGAGGCAACAACUAAUGCUGAUAAAAUGCAAAAGCAACAGCAACUGAAGCAGCAACUUUUUGCUGCCUGCAGCAUUAAAGUAAAAAGUGAAAACACAUUAGCAACUACUGCGAAUGCAGCGUUAGCAGCAGCAACAACAACAACAACAACAACAACAGCAACACCAACACUUGCCACCGGCAAAGCAGCAAAAACAAUAUUAGAAAACGGCAUCAAGAAGGAAUCCACGCCUCCGGCUGUCGAAUCCGUUGAGGCCUCCUCCUCAUCGUCAUCCUCCUCCUCGUCAUCCUCCUCCUCAUCAUUGUCCUCGUGGUCGACGACAAGGAGAGCCACUUCAGAGGACGCCAGCAGCAAUGGUGGCGCCUCUGCCGACGAGGAGAAGUCGGAGGAGGACCCAACGGGAGCGGUGGCGGCGGCGGCAGCUGCGUCUUCAACGGCGGCGACAACGACUUCCGAUUUGGCCACAACUUCAAGGCCACGCCCCGUCCUUCUAACGGCCGUCAAUCCGCACAUCAUCUGUCACCUGUGCCAGGGAUAUCUGAUCAAUGCCACCACCAUCGUCGAGUGUCUGCACUCCUUCUGCCACAGUUGCCUCAUUAAUCACCUGCGAAAGGAGCGAUUCUGCCCGCGCUGCGAGAUGGUCAUCAACAACGCCAAGCCGAACAUCAAAUCGGACACCACGCUCCAGGCGAUAGUGUACAAGCUCGUGCCGGGCCUUUACGAGCGGGAACUGAUGCGCAAAAGGGCCUUCUACAAGGAUCGUCCCGAGGAGGCAGCUUUGGCCACGCCCGAGCAGCGAGGCGAUGAUACGGAGCAUCUGAUCUUCAGUCCCUCGGAUGAUAUGUCGCUGUCGCUAGAGUACGCCGAAUUGGGGGAACUGAAAAGCGAUUCCGAGUCUGAGUUGGUGGACACACUGCGUCCGCGGUACCUUCAAUGCCCGGCCAUGUGCCGUGUGAGUCACUUGAAGAAGUUCGUCUACGACAAAUUUGAGAUUGAUGCCCAGCGUUUUAGUAUCGACAUUAUGUACAAGGUCAAGACAAUCGUUCUGCUCGACUACUACACGCUAAUGGACAUCGCCUACAUCUACACGUGGAAACGGGAUGCACCCAUGCGGUUUUACUACCGUGUUUAUGAGUCGCCCCAGCCGCUGGUGAAGCCGGCUCCUCGUCGAGUGCUGCCGCUGACACUGGAGAAGCAGGAGAGGGAGAAUCAAGAGCAACAGCUGGCAGUUGAAGCCGCGUCUUCGAAGGUGGAACCUGUGUCCCUGCCCGAGGACCAAAAAGCCGAAGCUUCCAUUAAAGUGGAGGAGCAGGAGAGCACUAGGGAAAUCGUGAAAGAUGUCAUCAAAGAUGUGGCAACCACAUCCCCGACGGAGACACUGAAGCUGGUGAUCAACCGAAAUAUGCUGGACAAGCGUGAAAAGAGUCACUCUCCACAGCUGAGCUCCAAAUCGAAGAGUUCGCCCUCCACUCCCGUUUCGUCACCCUCGGAGCCCAAUAUCAAGCUGAAGAUCGAUCUGUCCAAGCAGAACAGUGUCACCAUUAUCGAUAUGUCCGAUCCCGAGCGCAGAGAGAUUGUUAAACCCCUUAAGCCCGAGAAGGAGUCACGGUCGAAGAAGAAGGACAAGGACGGAAGUCCCAAAUCGUCGAGCAGCUCCAGUUCCUCUUCAAGUGGAGAGCGCAAGCGUAAGAGUCCCAGCCCGCUGACGGUUCCUCCUUUGACCAUUCGCACGGAGCGCAUCAUGAGUCCAAGCGGCGUGAGCACCCUGAGUCCAAGAGUAACCAGCGGAGCUUUCUCGGAAGAUCCCAAGUCCGAGUUCCUCAAGUCGUUUGCUCUGAAACCCAUCAAGGUUAAAGUUGAAUCACCUGAAAGGACGUUAAACAACAGAGCCAUCACCCCGCCUUCGCCUUCAGUGCAACAGUCCGCGUCACCCAAAUCGAAGGGUAACAACCUGGACGACAGUAUACUUAUGAAGCCGCCCAGCUGUAUGCCUCCCAAAUCCAUUGCAUCUUCGAAGAGAAAGAGCAAAGAACCAGUUAAGGCGGUGUCAAAGAAGCAAAAACUAUCGCCGCCCCUUCCAACGGUGGACUUUAAGAUACGCCUGCCCGCCACCAAUGGCAAUUCUCAAGGCACUGCAUCUCCAAAGAUAGAAAAACCGCUGAUGCCACCGCCGGCAAAGCCGCCAAUGUUGGCUCCCCGGAAACUCCAGCCCUCCGCCCAAUUUGCGCCGCCUCCAUCGCCGAUACAUCAUCAUGCCGGUGUGCAGAUGUCAGCUCCUGGUAAUCGAACACCCAUCGCCAAACGCUAUCAGCCCAUUUUACCCAAAGCUUCGCGCCCAAAUCCCUUUGCCAAUAUUCCAAACGAUGUCAAUCGAUUGCUCAAAGAUGCUGGUACCGAAAUCAAGUCGAUUGGUGGAGGAUCAGUGGAGAACAACAGUAACUCUGCCCAAAAGCCACAUCUGUACGGACCCAAGGGAGACACUAAGAUGGGGCCCCCGGCCUUACCUGCAACCACCCCAUCAUCUCAGGGUAACAAAAACGUUGGAAAGCAGGCGGGCAAUUUGCCGAUGUCAGCGCCGCCCAAUAAGGGUAACAGUUCGAACAAUUAUCUGAAUCUGGCGCUGUUCAAUUCCAGUAAGUGCAAGGGCAAGGAGGCGCCUCCGGGCUGCCGCACUCCCAUGUACACGCCAAACUCGCCGAUAUACUCGCCCAGUUCGCCGCAGUAUGUGCCCAGCUACAAUAUUCCAACAAUGCCCACCUAUAAGUAUACACCGAAACCAACUCCAAAUUCGGGAAGUGGUAACGGAGGCUCUGGCAGCUACCUGCAGAAUAUGUUGGGAGGCGGAAAUGGUGGAUCUCUUGGUGGAUUGUUCCCCUCACCGCCCACCAAGUCGGAUCAGAAUACCAAUCCAGCUCAAGGAGGAGGUUCAUCUUCAGCUUCUCAAAGUGGAGGCAAUGGCAUGGUGAAUAACAACAUCUAUAUGCCCAAUGAAGAUGCGCCCGAAAAGCAGCAGGUGAAGGUCAAGUCUCUGCUCAACUCGUGCAACAUUAAUAUUCCCUCCUCGCUAUCGAUCACCAUCUCACGGGAUAAUGGAGAUUCUUCUUCACCCAAUAACGGCCAGCAUCCUAAACACAAAAGUCCGGUCAACAAUUACAUUGAGAUUGUUAAGCUGCCCGAUCAGCCGCAGGAUCAGGUGCAGGCUGCCAAGGAGGCUCAGAAACGACAGUCCCCACCUGCUGCCGUUCCAGGACAUCUAGCCGCAAAGUUGCCCCCGCCGCCACCAUCCAAAGCUAUUCCUUCACCGCAGCAUUUGGUGUCGCGCAUGACGCCGCCACAGUUACCCAAAGUGGCCACACCUCCGCCUCCAAGUGCUCCGCGUGUGAUCACGCCACCAAAAACAUCACCACCUGCCAAUGCCGCAAAGGUAACGCCUUUGAAGCCAGUGCUCACACCAACGCAGGCGGAUAAGAAGACACCCAGCCCGGAGAAGCGAACCGCCGCCCAGAUGGGCAGUCAUUCACCAACUGCCAGUGAAAACAAAUCGCCCAAGGGAGGAGCUGCAGGAGUGGCAAAUUCGGCUGGGGGCGCUCAGAAUGGCGAUCCAGCGGCCAAGAAGUUCCGACCCAUUUUGCCCCGCCAGAAUGGCAUGCCUGAGUUGGCACCCAAGCUGCCUACACUGGCGCCCUUCGUUGGUUUCAACCCACUCCAAAAUCCAGCCGCUGGCAAGAAGGUGCCGCCCAGCAAGAAGUCACCCAAUGCCGGAGCCACUGCCCAUCAGACCGGACAACAAAAGCUGGUCAAUGGUGGACAGCCGGCUCAACAGAAAACCAGUCCACCCCAGAAGAAUCAACAGCAGGUCAAGAAGGUGCCCAAGAAUCCAACGCCACCGCCACCAUCCUUGCCGGCAGUUGGCAAGAUGAUGCCCCAUCCCGUCAUGCACAGCCAGAAUGCUCCACUAAGCAUCGCGUCCAGCGCCAGUGCUGCGGCAGUCGCCUCGGGGCAAUUGGACCUGAGCAACUUCCUCAAGGAGAACCUGAGGCGGGUGCAUGCCGCGCAAGCGGCGCAGGCUGCCCAGGCGGCCGCUGCCAACCAGUCGAAUAUGAUGUACAACCUGGCCCAAAUGGGUCACAUGACGCCAGCGAUGUACAACUACCAGCAGGCAUAUUUCAUGGAGCAGUUGUCGCGAAUGCAGCGCGCCGGAAACGAGGUUUUCAACGAUUACCUGCAAAAGCUGAAGACUGCAGCAGUGGCCGGAGGAGGUGGUCCGGCGGAAGGAGAACUUAAGCCCAUGCUGCCCACCGUCACGUUGCCCAGUCCAGGAGCCACUCCGCCGGCAGCCAGCCCGAAAACAUCACCCCUGCCAGCUGGAAAACUCACGGCAGCGGCCACGGCACCCCAGACCAAGGGAAACAGCAGCAGUGGAGCGAAUGCACGCCAGCAGACGGCGGCCACCGGCAAUAAUGGAGCAACAGUCUCCGCUGCCUCCUUGCCACCGGCCACCAAAAGCAAGUGAAGGAGUCGUCCCAGCCCCUCGUAGAUCGUAGCUCUAAUUAAUUUUUAAAGACCUUGUUUUAGUUAUUCAUUUACGUUACCCGUUCGUUCGUUGGCGCUUUGGCAGAGUCCACGACCAGAACCAAUUCCUCGCCCUAAUUACGGUGGCUCGGAAUCCAACCCCUGCACCUGGGGGUGGAUU